AUGGACGCGGAAACUUAUGGUGUCAAGCCUGGUCAGCACAUUCCUGGCCAGCACAUUCCUGGCCAGAUAGUGCACAGAUGCCUGGAGGCCUAUGCUCGACACUUUGAUAUAUAUGACAAGAUCCGAUUUGGUCACAAAUUAGAGACAGCAGAACACCAGGAGAACGGCGGUUGGGUUCUAAGGGUAAGGGACAUACAAGCUGGUGAUAAUAUCAAGAUCAAAGCCAGAAGACUGGUUCUCGCGACAGGUCUCACUUCUGAACCCUUUCUACCAAUCUUCCGAGGCCAAGAGGACUUUGGAGCUCACAUAUUUCAUGCAAAAGAGCUGUGCAACCAUGAGGAUACAUACAGCACGGCCAAAUCAGUGACAGUAUUUGGAGGGACAAAUAUUCGAGUGAACUGGGUUAUUCGAGAAUCUGGCCAUGGCCCUUCUUGGAAUGCUCCUCCUUAUGUCACGCCUCUCAAGAAAUGGCUCGAGAAACUCGCCCAUAUAAGAAUGUUGACAUGGUUCAGUCCGUGCAACUGGGGUGCAGCAUAUGGUUACGUGAAGACUCGCAACUUCUACCACGGAACAUUCAUUGAAAGAGCUAUUGUCGACAAGUUCUGGAGUAUCCGUGGUAACGACGUUAUCACGCCCAACAAAUACGACUCUCACUCUGAGACAGCCAAGCUCAAACCCUGGUCCAAUGCCAUGUUUGUGGCGACGAGUAUAGGCAUUCUCAACUACGAGAAGGACUUUUUCGAGGUUGUUAAGGAAGGGUUGGUCAAGAUACAUAUUGCUGAUGUGGAACGGUUGAGUAAGCAGACAAUGCACUUGUCUGAUGGCACGGCAUUGCAUACGGAUGUGCUGUGCUGUGCAACAGGUUGGAAACAUGUUCCUCCGAUCAGAUUCCUACCAGAUGGGAUCACUGAGGAUAUUGGGAUGCCUCAUACGCCGUCACCGAGUUCGUUCCCUUACGCCUCAAUCCUCGAUCAGGUCGAUAAGGAGAUCUUCGACAAGGUCCCUCGUCUCAAGGACCAGCCCAUACAGAAAGUGCAAAAUAGCAAGUAUCAUACACUGCUAGAGGGCAAAGGUCUCUCAAGUAAUGAUGAUAUCACGCCAUCGACAGAGCUGACGCCGUACACGCUAUAUCACUUCAUCAUCCCACCUUCAAGUCAGUUCCUCAAGACCCGAGAUAUUGCUUUCGUGGGAAUGGUAGUCAACUUCAGCCACCCCAUAGUUUCCAAUGUCCAAUCGCUCUGGAUGAACGCUUUCUUCGAUGAUAUGAUUCCAGCUCUCCCCCGAAAUCCCUCACCAGAGUUUGUAUCUCGAUUCCAGCAUGAGGCAGUGCUUAAUAGUCGGUUCGGAAAAUGGAGAUACCCAAGUGGUUUUGGCCACAGCUUUCCAGACUUUGUGUUUGAUGCUGUUCCGUAUCUGGACCUGCUGCUCAAGGACUUGGGUUUACCGAUAUACAGGAAGAAUGGUGUAUUUGCUGAGAUGACGGAUCCAUAUGGGCCAGACGAUUAUACGACGGUCGUGGAUGAGUGGAAAGCAGGCAAAGCAAGUUGA